AUGUGGGGGGCGGAGGACGGUGCUCGCUUUGGCUUUGCUGGCAACUGGUGGGCGGUGGAGCGCGGUCAGGACUCAGCACAAAGAUGUGCAAUCAGGGCAAUUAGCCUAAUCAUCAAUGAAGACUCCUGUACUGUACUCGAGAACCAGGAGCUCGCCAGCUACCAGCUUUUGCCUGACACCGACCAGCCCAUAGCGGACUUUGAAGGCGAUUGCGACGUGCUUCUUUUCAGCCAGUCGGCCGCGAUCGCGGAACCGCAGGAGGGACCAACUGAACUGGAGCCUGACACAGUCAUGCGGGAGGGCUUCUCCCAUGAAAGUUUUGCAGCUGCACAUGGCCUGGUGCUGCUAGCGACCUGCACCGCACACCUUCGACCGGUGAGUGAUGUUACGGAGGAGGUGGAGGUGCGGCCACCUGCCCUCAGCUCAGGAGGCCCUUUAGUCGUGCCUCCGGAUGAGCCGACAACGCUCGUCGAAGCGUUGGAGAGGACGUCUUGCAAGAACGGACACAAAGGCCUGGUCCUCUACGAUGUCACGGGCCAGACGGAAGAGCUAACUUAUGCCGAGCUGCUGAAGCGCGCACGGAUUGGGAGGAGCACCUGCGCAGAACCGACUGAGCUGACGGAGUGCCGUCGCGCCGCAGUCUUGCAGGCAAACUUGUACCUCGCAUGCCAGAUCAUUUUGCGUGCUUCUGGGGAUUAUGCAGAUGGUGCUCAUGCCGUGUGCUGCAAGAUUCGCAAUGUUUGGCACUUGUUGGAUCGACCACCAAUGAUCACCGUGGCGUCGCACCUGGAAAAGCUCAAGCGGCUGGACUUGUCCACUCCUGAAAUCUCUGUGGAGCAGGCCCAGCUCCUCACACUGGAAAUGCUGAUGGAGCGCGCCUCGGAGGCAACACAGAGCAUGACCUGGUCACCCUCGCCUGAAGAUGUGGCAUUCUAUCAGCUGAGCAGCGGAUCUACUGGGGUGCCAAAGUGCAUCCAGAUUGCACAUCGAGGUGUAGUGGCGCAUAUCCAAGCAGAGGCCCGAGUCUGUGGCUAUGGCGCGCAUGACGUGCAUGUAAACUUCCUGCCUUUGGAUCAUGUCGUACCGAUCCUUACCGUUCAUUGCUGCGACGUUUAUCACGGCUGCUCGGAGGUGCAGGCCGAGGUUGCCUGGGUGGUGUCGCAGCCUCUCCGCUGGCUGAGCCUUGUUGCCACGCACCGUGCCACGCGCACAUGGGCGCCCAACUUCGCGUUCAAGUUGGUCGCGGAUGCCUUGCGCCACAUCAAAGAGCCCGAGGAGAUGGACCUCUCAUCCUGCAGAUUUUGGAUGAAUGCCGGUGAGCAGGUGACGAUCCCCGUUUGCGAGGACUUCCUGGAGCAGACGAAUCAGUUCGGUGUGCGCCGUUCUACGAUGCAGCCGGCCUUUGGCAUGGCUGAGGCUUGCACCUGCAUGACGUACAACAAUCGGUUUGAGGCUUGCGGCGCAAGUCGCCUGGGCCGGCCAACGUUUGUGAACCUCGGUCCGCCUGUUCCGGGCAUUGAGAUCCGCAUCGCCAGCGAGGAAGGCGAGACUCUUCAGGAGGAAGAGAUCGGCCGUUUCCAGAUCCGAGGCCCAGUCAUCACGCCUGGCUAUUUGAACAACGAAGAGGCCAACAGAGAGGCCUUCGUCGGAGAUGAUUGGUUCAACACCGGCGACGUAGGAUUCAUCAAGGAGGGGCAGCUUUACCUGACCGGAUUCUUGGUGGAAUUCAGCUGCCUUGUCUUUGUGCCUGUGCAGCCGGCUUGCUGGCCAAGCAGAGAGAAGGAGAUGAUCAUCGUAAGGGGGGCAAAUUUCUACUGCUACGAGGUCGAAGACGUUGUGAAUACCAUGGAGGGCGUCUUGCCAACAUUUACUGCUGCAGUCUCCACCCAUGAUCCAGCCUCUGGAACUGAAGGACUUGCUAUCCUCUUUGUACCGCGGCCUUCUGUUGAUGAAGAUGACUUGGAUGAGGUGGUGAAGCAAAUCCGGGCAAGGCUCGUGCGGCAUAUCGGCUUGACUCCAAGCCACGUGGUGCCGCUGAAAGAGAAUGAGUUUCCAAAGACAACAAGCGGCAAGAUCCAGCGAUCAAAGCUCAAGCAUGCGCUGCAGGAAGGCAAAUUUCUGGAGCGGACUAGCGCCGCAGUCGCCAAAAGAUGGCUGCAUUCUGCAUUCUUCAGCUUCUUGGGCAUCACUGGCGAGAUGUAG